UAAUCAGCUGGCACCUGUCACUUUCUGUGUAACGAACCGCGUUGUAGGUUAGGUUACGUCUUUGCAAAAAUCUGAUCCAAAAAUAAUUUUGUGAUAAAAUAGCCUUUUUAAAAAGGUUUCAAGCAAAUCAACGAUGUCGCUCCUAACCAGAAACGUAUGCCGUGCGCUGAUGCAGGGAACCUAUAUGACCCACAUGGGUAAAGGUGUUCACACAACUUCGGUAAACGCAGACAAAAACGUAUGUUACGCCCCACACAGUAUCAGCACCUUGCAAUCGAGUUCGACAGAGGGUCGCAUCAAGUGCACCUUGAUUCCCGGCGAUGGUGUCGGCCCUGAGUUGGUCUACUCUGUACAGGAAGUUUUUAAGGCGGCUGACAUCCCAGUGGACUUCGAGUCGUUCUUCUUCUCCGAGGUGAACCCCACGCUCAGCGCACCGCUGGAAGAUGUUGUCAACUCCAUCGCUAGGAACAAGUGCUGCAUCAAGGGUAUUCUCGCCACCCCAGACUUCUCCCACACCGGAGAGCUACAAACCUUGAACAUGAAGCUCCGUAACGCCUUGGACUUGUACGCUAACGUGGUACACGUCAAGUCAUUGCCCAACGUGAAGAGCAGGCACCGUGAUGUCGACUGCAUCAUCAUCAGAGAACAAACUGAGGGAGAAUACUCCGCGUUGGAACAUGAGAGUGUACCUGGAGUAGUAGAGUGCUUGAAAAUCAUCACGGCAGCUAAGUCGGAGCGUAUUGCAAAGUUUGCCUUCGACUACGCUGUAAAAAUGGGACGUAAGAAGGUCACAGCCGUACACAAGGCUAACAUCAUGAAGCUUGGAGACGGACUGUUCUUGCAUGGCAAAAUUAUACCCGCGUCUCCAAUUCGAGAAGAUGAUCGUGGACAACUGCUCCAUGCAGAUGGUAUCGAACCCCAAUCAGUUCGAUGUCAUGGUGACCCGAAUCUGUACGGUAACAUUGUAGACAACCUCGCCAGUGGCCUGGUCGGCGGAGCGGGAGUCGUCGCCGGCGCAUCAUACAGUGCUGAGUGCGCUGUCUUUGAACAGGGAGCCCGUCACAUAUUCUCAGGCGCGGUGGGUAAGAACAUUGCUAACCCGACCGCCAUGUUGCUUUGCUCCGCCAACCUACUGGCACACGUCAACCUGCACCCAUACUCCAGGAUGAUCAAGAAUGCCAUCAACAAGGUAUUGACAGACGGUAAAGUAAGGACAAAGGACCUUGGAGGACAGUCCACCACCAAAGACUUCACCAACGCAGUCAUCCACUGCCUCACAUAAACCUACACUGUCUAAUAGAACCAAUGAAACAACAAUACUUAGUACACUUUGAACUUUAAUACUUGUAGUAUUAGGUUCAUUAUUUAUUGACAGAAAAAUUCAUUUAAAGGCGUGAUUUGGGUUAAGGGAACUCUUUGGAGUUUGUGUGAUAGUCAAUUUAAUGUUAUUGAGUAAUGUUUGGAAUCUUUGUGACGUCACAGUAUACGUCGCUAAUCGAAUACAUUCGAAAUAUAUUAUAGAA